AUGGGAAACCAGAUUCAAAAAAUCAAUCGUAAAAUCGAUUAGUUGUUGUUUAAGGCUUAUGAUUAUUUAAUAAAGGAUGAUGAGUUAUCAGACAAAACUGUAGAUGUGCUUUCGAAUGAUGAAAACAUCAAUGAGAAUUUUGAUGAGACUUAGCAACAAAGGGAAACUUAAAGUGAGGAUCAACCUCAAAGCCUGAAUCUUUAUAAGAAUAAAUCGAAACUUAUUAAUAAAUCAACUGAGCCUGAUCCUAAUUUGGGAAGCAAAAGAAAGGCCAAAUCGUAAUUGCUUUCGGAUAGGAAGAGCAAUAAGAAAAUUUGUGAGGACAAAGAAAACUACAAUUAUAUAUGA